AUGCUUCUUGGCUUCGGCUUCAAUAUAGACAUUGAGUGUGUUCGAAUCUUGAGAGAUACCGCACCGCCAAAGACAAAAGCUCUAGUAAAAGCGGAAAACCCGUCAUUUGCGAAAGAGCUCAGCGACAAGCUUAGGCAGCAAAAGACUGAAGUCAGCGCGGUGCCACUUCCAAUUGAUAGCAGGAGGUCGAAUUGCAGAAAAGUCUACAUAUCCUGGCACAAAGCUACCCGAAGCUUUUGGCUAAACUUUGGCCGUAGCGAUAUUGCGAACCGCGUUGCACAGAAAUUCGCCGAAGGUUAUUACAAAGUUCUAGGUCAAUCCGUCACAUGUUCCGAUGUGAAGGGAGGUGCUCCUCGAGGGCCAAAAGGUGGGUUUUCGCACAAUCCUGUCGCUUGGACAGUUAUGUUAUGCGAUGUACCUGGCGAUGCAACAAACAAAGAUGUCCAAGAUGGCAUCCACACGCCAUAUGACAGACCACGACACAUCGAGCCAUCGCCCGUUAGCUACUACGCUUCAGACACACAAGUUGGUCUCCAAGUGCGUUCCCUCUUGGAAGAACACGGCCGACUGGAGAGUUUCUAUCUCCCGCCGACAUCCAAGGGCAGGCGAGUGAAGGCUGUCGCUUGGUUUGAGGACGAGGCAGACGCGAUAUCCGCGUGCUCGCUCCACAACAAGCAGAUAUCUAUCCUGCAGCAGGGGAAGCUGACUCUAACACUUGUACAGUCUGUCAAGGUUAAGAUCCAAACGCCAGUCUACUUCGCAUCCAAGAGCAGGAUUGAGGAGGAAAUGAAGAUCUGGGCGGGGCAACAUCUCACCUCGCGUGUGUACGUGGAUACCGUGCCAGGGUUUACAGCAAUCAAGGUUGAGGGUGCCAAUGCGAAUGAUGUGGUCCGAGCUCGCAAAGCCCUCGAUGAAAUAUCGCAGGGAGAUAUCUUACGAGACGGCGAAAAUCCCGUCUGGGCAUCCGCACUCAAGACUAAUGGAAGCCCAUACAAGAAAGUCAAGGCGAUUGAGAAAGAACUCGGUAUAUUGAUCCGCAGGGACAAAUCGAAAAGUCACCUUUAUUUUUAUGGACCCUUUGCCAAAUAUCAACAAGCUAUUGCCCAUAUCAGAGAAGCGCUCAAAGAUGAAUCCUCUUUCAGCUCUCACAUCGACCUCAGUCCCGAACAAUUUUCACGCAUGGUCCGAGGCGGUUUCAAGUCCGUUGAAAAAGCUCUGGGUAGGAAUGUGGCCGUUUUCGACGUGAUAUCGAAGCGUCUUACAGUCGGUGGCACAAGGCAACAAUACGAUAUAGCUUUGGCAGUCGUUAAUGGCGCAGACGCUGUGGAAAUUCGUGACGUCGCAGCCAGUCAAUCCCUGACUGAAGGAGACUGCCCGAUCUGCUUCUGUGAGGCGGAAACCCCGGUUCAGACCUCGUGCAAGCACACUUACUGCCUCGAGUGUUUUGAGGCUAGCUGCAAAUCCGCGGCAUCGACCAGCAAAAACGAUUUUCGAGUCAAGUGCCAAGGGAACGGCGGUACUUGCUCGACCAUAUUCACGCUCCAAGAGUUGAAAGAACAACUAUCGUCUUCUGUCUUUGAAAGUGUGCUCAGAUCAUCCUUUGAAGAGUAUCUCCAACGUCAUCCCGAGGCGUUCCACUAUUGCUCCACGCCAGACUGCGACUAUGUGUACCGCUGCACGGCCGCUUCAAACUUGAGGCCACCGGCUUACAGGUGUCCGAAUUGUCUUGAGUCAGGGUGCACAUCCUGCCACGCAAGACACGACGAUCUCACGUGUGCCCAAUAUAAAGACAUCGCCUCGGGUGGCUACGAAGCACUCGAACAGCUGAAGAAGAAGCUGAACAUCAAAGACUGCCCUAAAUGUACGACACCGAUCGAGAAGACAGAUGGAUGCAAUCAUAUAACAUGUGGGGGUUGCAAGGCGCACCUGUGCUGGGUGUGUAUGGCAGUCUUCAAGGACCGCACAUCUUGCUAUGCACACAUGUCCGAAGCACACGGAGGUCACGGAGGGGUACCUUUGAACUUGAUGGGUUGGUGA